AUGGUUUUUGCAGCUCUAGAUUUAGUUUUUGAGUAAUUUUCUAAAGUCUUAAACAUUCCUGCUGACUAGAUUAGACUAGUAUCAGCAUUAAUUAUGGCUAUUCCUUUUGGGAUUGUUUUUUCAUUUUUAAGGGGUUCUUUCAUUCGUCAUUUUUUAAGCAUAGUAUUAGGACUUUUCCUCUAAUACUUAGUCUACAAAGAUCAAAUUGUAUUUGUCUUGCUCUAGACAUUAGCUGUAUAUUUAAUGUUGAAGAUCUUCAAUAGAAAGAGUGUUGCAAUAGUUGUAUUUGUAUAGUCUCUUAUUUAUAUGAGCGCUCAUCAUAUUUACAGAUAAUGGGCAUCUUAUGGCAGCUGGGAUAUGGAUAUUACAACCAUUUUAAUGAUGACUAUUUGCAAAUGGACAGGAUUUGCUUGGUGCUAUCAAGAUGGAGGUAAAGAUGAAAGCAAGCUUUCAGUAGAUUAGAAAAUGAGAUAAUUAAAGAAACUACCUAGCUUCUUGGAGUACUUUUCUUACAUCCACUUUUUCGGUAGUGCUAUCUGUGGUCCUAAUUUUGAUUACUAUGAAUUUAAUCUUUUUAUUCACAAAAAAGAGCACUAUUCAAAGAUUCCUUUUACUCUUUUCAAUAGUUUAGAAUGGCUUUUAAAAGCUGCUGCAUUUUCUGGAAUUUAUAUUUGUUUACUUCCUCGCUUUCCUUUAAGCUACGUGUUGUCUUAAGAAUAUGCAGAUUUAACUUUCUUAGAAAAAUCUCUCUUCUUCAACAUAUGCAUUACUUUAAUCCGUAUAAAGUAUUAUGCUGGAUGGUGUUUUUCAUAAGCUGGUGUUGCCUCAUCAGGAUUAUCUUACAACGGAAAGUGUAAAGAUGGUAAAAAUAAAUGGGAUAGAGUUUUAUCUUGUAUUCCAUCUAAUGAAUUAUCUUACGAUAUCAAAUACAAAGUUGAAUGCUGGAAUAGCUCAGUUCAAUUUUGGUUAAAAAAGUAUGUCUACCUUAGAAUAUAUCCUGAAAAUGGUAAAAAGAGUGUUUAGAGAGCAAACAUAGCUCAAUAUGCAACAAAUAUCAUUUCUGCUUUCUGGCAUGGAUUCUAUCCUGGUUAUUACACCGCCUUCUUUUAAUGGUCCUUAUGUAUGACAUGCGCUAAGCUUUUCUAUAAUGCUUCUAUAAAUAAAGCUCAUGUUUUUAAUAAAAUCAGAAAAUCUGUCUCAAGUCCAGUCUUUAAUGUAGGCAGAUUCUUAUUAGCUUAAGUUCCUCUUAACUGUUUUGGUAUAGGAUUCUAACUACUUUCCCUUGAGAAUAACCAUACUUUCUUUAAAACUCACAGCUAUGUUUAUUUGAUUCUUGUAGUACUUGUAAUUUUGGCAUUUAAUGUUACUGGAUGGGGACAAAAGAGCCAUAAAAAGAAGACUGAAGGAUAACCUGAAUAAGAAACUCCUUCUGGUGAAAACGCAAAAAGCUAAUGA